AUGAAAUCAUGGAGGUCCCUAACCCUGCCAAUGUUAGAUGAUGUGGCUGGUGUUGACCUACAGUUUUAUAAAUGUUUUUCUUUUUUCUCCUCUUUCCUUUGUCUCCCUUUUUGUGUUUUUAAUAUCACUACUCUCUCACUUCCCCUUCUCUCUCUCACCUCUCUCAUUCCUUUCUCGCACUCUCAUUCCUUUCUCGCACUCUCAUUCCUUUCUCGCACUCUCAUUCCUUUCUCGCUCUCUCAUUCCUUUCUCGCUCUCUCAUUCCUUUCUCGCUCUCUCAUUCCUUUCUCGCUCUCUCAUUCCUUUCUCGCUCUCUCAUUCCUUUCUCGCUCUCUCAUUCCUUUCUCGCUCUCUCAUUCCUUUCUCGCUCUCUCAUUCCUUUCUCCACUCUCUCAUUCCUUUCCGCUCUCUCUCAUAUUCCUCUCUCCCUCUCUCUCAUAUUCUCUUCUCUCUCUCAUAUUCCUCUCUCCCCUCUCUCUCUCAUAUUCUCUCCCCUCUCUCUAUUAUUCUCUCUCCCUCUCUCUCUCAUAUUCCUCUCUCCCUCUCUCUCUCAUAUUCCUCUCUCCCUCUCUCUCUCAUAUUCCUCUCUCCCUCUCUCUCUCAUAUUCCUCUCUCUCUCUCUCUCUGACAUAUUCCUCUCUCUCUCUCUGUCAUAUUCCUCUCUCUCUCUCUCUCUCUGUCAUAUUCCUCUCUCUCUCUGUCAUAUUCCUCUCUCUCUCUGUCAUAUUCCUCUCUCUCUCUCUCUCUCUCUCUCUCAUCUUUCCUCUCUCUCUCUCUCUCUCUCAUCUUUCCUCUCUCUCUCUCUCUCUCUCAUCUUUCCUCUCUCUCUCUCUCAUCUUUCCUCUCUCUCUCUCUCAUCUUUUCUCUCUCUCUCUCUCAUCUUUUCUCUCUCUCUCUUUCUUUCCUCUCUCUCUCAUCUUUUCUCUCUCUCUCUCUCAUCUUUCCUUUCUCACUUUUUAA